CAGAACACACUAAACCGCAUCUCUAACCCUAUUCUGCCGUCAAGCAGGAUGAAGAAAACACAACACAAUCUUUCAACUUUGAUUUUCUUCAAAAAUACUACCUCUAAACAAAAAUUGACAAAAUCUUUCAACUUUGAUUUUCUUCAAAAAUACUACCCUAACCCUUCUAUAUAUAAUCAUGGUAUCACCCCUACAAAUUCACGCAACAAACACAGUGUAUUUUCUUUCAUUGAAAUCGCUGUCACUGAAUGGAGGACGGAGAAGCUUCCUUUACGUCACCAUUAUCUCACAAAAAGAUGGUUUCUGACGUAAAAAAAGAGGAGCGUUAUAAGGGAAUAUCGUUCGUAGAUUUACUAGACAGCCCACCAAAGAAGUUUUUGAAAACAGAGAAGGUUCUUGAAGAAGAAAAUUUUGAUCAUUGGGAUCCUUGUGCUAAAACAAGCCCGCCGAUAACAAAGGAGGUUUUUAAAGAAGAAGAAAAUUUUGAUCAUUGGGAGGACCAAACACAAGUGUCUAUGGUGAUAAAGUCAAUUGAUGACUUUAAGGAAACUAUACUGACCAUGUUAAGACAACCUGUGGAAAAGCUGGUAACACCUUUGACAAAGGAAAGUAUUCGACCUUUGAAGAAGGAAAAACUUAGUAAAAUCUUUUCACCAUAUGCCAAAGAUGGCAACAAAUAUGUGCAAGUAACCACCACUCCGACAGGGUGCUACAUCAAAUCCAGCAAAACAUUAGUUGGUCCGUCUAUCCCCGAUUGGUUGUCUUCACUCUUUAAACCAAAGGAGAUAAUGAAUCUAACCUCCGACCAAUGUGCUAUGGCAUCUUACAUAUUUGGUCGUUCAACAGACGACAAAGAGGUUUUGAUACAACCACGUGUACCAUUCUGCGACGGUACAAGGAAGCUUCUAAGUGGUUUGAAGCCCACAAAGUUUCUUUACGGAGAUAUAAUUGAUCUAGUUGUAUGUAUGAUGACUGAUAAGGCAAAGAAAGGACUGAUUGACCAAGGGUGUUGGUUUCUGCCAUCGGUUUUCUCGCAAUAUGUGAUAUCAUGGAAUGCACCAAUACCCUCCCUGAUAAAAAAAUAUCGCAAAAAAUUUAUGGGAGACCUUGGUAUGAUUUCAAAGAUAUUUCUACCGGUUCAUGAUGCUGAAUACUUGCAUUGGUUCCUGCUUGUGAUUGACUUCAACAAAAAACAAGUGAUUUAUCUAGACUCACUUCCAAAUCGUUCAGCCCGUCGCGGCAGGAAUAUAAGUAUCAAGAAACUGACUGUUUAUAUGGAGGAGUUACUCAUGGAUCCCGCUUUUCAUGUGACCGGAACAAAACAUACACCAAAUGUAUCUGAAUUUAGCCUAGUCACUCCAAAUGAUUUGGGAGUGCAAGCAGAUAUGUCGAAUGACUGUGGAGUUUGGGUCAUUAUGUGGAUGAAGCAAAUGGGAGAAAAAGAAUAUAAGAUUGAUGUGGAUGAUGGUACAAGACUAAGGAUAGCAUUAGAUUUGAUAUUGGAUCCUUCCAACGAAUUGAAAGAGAAAGCUUUGGCUGCUGCAAAAAAAAAACCUUUGGCUGCUGCAAAAAAAAGAAGAGUUAAAGAAUCCAACAGCUGCUGACUAAAUUUUAUACCACAUGUUUUGUGGGAUUUUGCAGUCUUACAAUUUCUUUUAAAGUUCUGACUUAUUUAGUUUCUACCAGGAUGGAUGGUUGACUAGUUUCUAUUUUUUGGAUAUCUUAUUUUGACUUUACGUUUUUAUGUUUCCACCAACAUGGAUGGUUGACUAGUGUGAUGAAUGGAUUUUUUUUAUAUCUUA